AAUAUUUUUUACUGCUACGAGAUAGUUAUCAAAUGGUUGAAUCGUCGAUUGACAAAAACUUUCUCAAUCUAGAAAUCUAGCAAGAGAGUUUAGAUUUCUUCUAGAGAUCUAGAUCUAGAUUCUAAACCUAAAUCUUUUUUUGUCGUUUAAUUAAAUCUAAUUGGUCUAGCCUUUAUUAAUUUAUUUGGUAUUCUAUCAUUUUAGAUAGAGCAGCUACAAGUGUGACUAUGCUGAUACUGUAACUAAAACAUGAUGAUUGAAGUAUUAACAAAACGAAGAAUUGCUGUUUUUGCAGUCUUUCUUGCACUAUUCACCAUUGCUGGCCUUCUUUUAAGGAGUCACUGGGAGUAUACCAGACUGCUAGCAAUACAAGAAGCACAGAUUAGGAGCAAAGCAAAGAAAGCCUCAUCAUGUGCAAACUACACAUCACUAUCUCAGUGUCAGAGAUGCCCUAAAGAAGAAUUACGCCAACUAGUGCCAUAUUGCAUGCAAACUGGACACAAAGAGUUGAUUCGAUGUGAUAAUGGAAAAGAGGAAUUUAUAUGGUGUGACAUAUCUCCAGCAAUUGAAGAAAGAGAUUUCUGGAAGUUUCAAAUCUGUACACUUGUAUUGGGCUUGUCAUCUUACACUGUGGUUUACUUGCGACAGAAGAAACUUGAUAAAAUACUUAUGGAGAAAAUUAACAGACAAAUAGCAUCUGGGGUUUAAUUAUGAGUUCUAGCAUGUACACAUUUUACUGUAAAUACAUUCCUUCUUAAAGGUUGUCUUAUUGAAAUAAUGUGAGAUAUUGAAUAUUCAGCUGCUUACUAUAUGAUUCAUGCUGAAAGAUUUUGACUAAGUCUCCUUUUAACAUAUAAAAAGAUGGUUUCUGUUUUUUUAGUAACAGUUUUUAUAAUUAGUUUUAUUUUAGUUGUAUGACUGGACUUUUUGUUUUCGCUAAUUUUUAGAUUAUUUUGGCAUAAAACUUCUUCCCAUUGAAUAUCAAUUCAACAGGGUUAGUUCUGUAAUAGCUCAAAAUGAUAUCAGUCAAAAAAAGCUUCAUAGAAUUUAUGUGGUUUUAAAAGUAUGCUUCCAAGUAUGUUUGCUGUUUUAAAAGUAAUUUUAUUUGUAGUAUGUGAUAAUUUGUAAAACAAAUUAUGCUGAAAGCUGCUUUUUUUGCAAUGGUUCUUUUUUUUUAACUUUGUUUUAAAGUGCUUAAUGAUAAACACAAAACAUUUUUUUUUCAUCAUAAAUGUAACACAACUAAUUUCUUUGAUAGUUGUCAUAUUGUUUGCACGAUUUAUUGAUGAAUUGACUUCUAGUUCUAAUUGAUUUGGAUUAUUGAUGAAUUAUCAUAUUGUUGUUGCUGUUAUUGGCACUGUUGUAUUUUAAAUAGCAAUUUUUACGUAUAUGCUUUGUGUGUAUAAAAGAAAAAUAAGGGUGUUCUAAAUUAAAUCUGUGGGACUCUAAAUUAAAGAAUUUUGUAAACUAUGUGUUCAGU